UGCCUCUGGAAGUUCACCGCCAUUGGCUGCAGUGCUGCAUGCUUUUGUUUGAAACGGGCCUCGUGAUUGGCAGCUCUGCGCACUCUCCUUAGCCGUCCUGUUUCUGACUGGGACGUCUUCCUCGCCGGUGCCGACAGUUUAUAGAGACGCUUCAAGACGUGUGCAGUCUUUGUAGAUUCAUGAACUGAUCACAUUUGCUUGUUUUGAAGGGAAACUGUAGCUUCAGAGGAGGCUCGCUGAAGACUGAUUUGUGUGUCCACUAGUGAUGGAUGUGUUUGUGUUCGCAAGCAGGCGUCAUUCUUCACGAUUACCUGAUUUUAUUAGACCGCUGUGCCAAACUGAGUCAUUAAGGCUUUUAAUCUGUAACAGCUUCAAUCAUCAUGUCAUGUCUUCUUAAUGGAAAUAUGGACCCCAUAUUUAAUUUGAUGCAUCUAGCUGGAUAAGCCCAGAUCGUACACUUUUUAGAAUGUCUCUCAAUACACAGAUAUUGAUGUGUUUUUAAUUAUGGGACAGGAAUUUAUACUUUUGGCUACACAAACACUCACUCACAAACUAUAAUGUACAUACAGUUUAGGUUUAUCGCAAAUUAAAGUGAAUGUUUGUUUGGGAUAGGCUCCAGCUCACUUGUGACAAUGAAUAAAUGAACAAGUAGUAGGUAAGGGGUGGGCGAAUCAAUACAAAUACCAAUAGUAUCGAUACCAAGUGUUGUAUCAAUAUUGAAUCAAUACUAGUGUGAUGGGAUUGAUAUUUUUCCAUUUCUCUUCUGUUUAUUUUUGUAAGGAUCUGUGUGUUUUUUGUUGUUUGUAUUGUUAAAUUGUUGAUAUUAGAGCCCCACCGAUGUGGGAUUUUUGGAGCCAAUGGCGAUACAGAUAUUGGGUGCUGAAAAAAAAAGCCGAUAACCGAUAUAUGGGCCAAUAUAUGAAAAAGAGCAUUGAUCUACACAGGAUAUAUGCUGUAAAUGAACAUAAAUUCUUACAAUACCCAAAAUAUGAUUCAACGCAAAGAAGCAGAAGACUACCAAAUGAAAAUAAGGAAGUUUGCUAACUUGGACACUGGACAUGUUGCAUCUAACGUAACACCUCCACACUUUGCUCUUCUCCUCUUCCUGUCAAAUGAAAAUACAGUAUAUACAUUUUGUGUAUUUUGGUUGUUAGCCUAGAGUUUGAUAUGGAGCAUUAUAAAAACAAAAAACAUAUGGCUGCAUUGGGCUGAAAGUGAUAAUACAAUGUGAGGUGUUUUUCAGCUAAUACGUGAUGUGUUUAUAAAAGGCUUAACGCAUAAGAAAUGGAUGGAUGGCUGCAUAUUCACAAAAACAUCUUACCAAUAUCAAUUAGUCAUAUUUACUACAUAUUGAAAAGUUCCAUCUGCAGCCUCUGAGUAUUUGCAAAGAGCUGCUGAAAACAAAUGCUGAAGCAAACAUUAAAAAGUGGAAAAAGAAAGUUGACUACAAACAAAAUAAGAAAUAAUCAAAACAUGCAUCACGUUACUAGAUCCUGAGUAUGAAGUGAAAUGGGACGCUGUGUAUAUCUGCAUAUAUCUUUAUUUCACUUUAAAACCCCGUAUGAUAGUCUUCGAUAAUGGUGGACAUGUGAAUUUACAGUUGCCAUCUAUGUUUACCUCACAGAUAUGCAAUGUAUACAACAUUAAAGCGCUGUAAUACGCUCUCCAAAACUUGUGUAAAAACUAGAAUGUUCUCUGCCCUGACAGCGUGGCUCUUAAGUGUAGUGUUAUAUUGUUUUCCAAAGUCACAGCUUUCCAUGGUGUAAAAAAUGCUUUCUUUUUGCGUUUCGCAGGCAGACAGAGAGACACUUGGAGAGAGCAACUGAAUCGCGGUGCAGCAAAAAAAAAAAAAAAAAAAGUAUAUCGGCUACAUUUUCACCGUUAUUGAUUAAUCGGUGAUAUGUCAUAAUCUGCCCGCCGAUAUAUAUAUCAGCCAGACUGCAAUUGAUAUUGAUUACAAACUCAGUGAAUACUUUAUUAGACACAUGAGGGAUUUGGAGGCAAGGAUUUGAAUGAGAGCCAAUAGUACGUAGUACCUUUGUUUACUUAUUUUGCAGUAUUGGCUGCAAUGUUAUUUAGAUUUUUUGUGUCUAAAAUUGUUUUCCUGUGUUUAAAUCUGAUUAUAACGAUCAUGAUCAACAAAUUAAAGGCAAAAUCUCUAAAUCACUCAAGGAGUUUGAAAAAGUACAAGUAAAAAGUAUCUGUAUCGGUCAUAUUGGUCCUGUAUUUACUUGGUAUCAGAUCAUUACCAGAAUUUGCAGCAGCGCCCACACUUGCACAUUAGAAAUAACCAAUACAGUACAGUUGUCCACCACUGCAAACUACACAAUAAUGAUUAUAUUGUUAAAUGAAUAGCCUCUGUGACAGUGUCAGUCAAAAGUGAGCGUCUUGACAGGUGUACCUAAUGAAGUGGGCGCAGAGAGCAUACAUUUGAACUCCCUUAAAACACUGGUUGGUGAAAAAGUGAAACAAUAUAGCUUUGAUAGUGUUCUUGUGUUCGUGUUUUGUUUUGGACCGUGAAAGUAUGAUUGAGGACGGGCUCACCGUGAUGACGUCACUAAACUGGGCGGAGCUUGUGUAAGAGCGUUGGAAUGCGUCACUUUGUGUUUCCACCCAAAAGAGGCAGCAGCAGGACCGUGUGUGAUUUUUUUUAAGUUCGCUUCGCGGUCCUUUUCGUGUACUUCAAACUAGUCUGUGUCCGCAUGAGUUUGUUUUUUUUAACUUAAUUCCCGAGGUGACUUAACGACACUUUGUACGAGUUGAACACGGAAACAACAACUCCGUCGUCGUCGUCCUUCCGACAUGACGUCAGGUGGAUGUUCUGUCCCUGCUGCCGUGUGUUAAUUUAAGUCGUCAGCUCAUCUGAGGACUCUUGUAGCCACCUUUGCACGAGUGACAUGUGGAUACGACGGCCACAGCUGUGUUGUGUCUUGGUGGAUGCGCUGUUGUAUUUGGCAAAGGUCUGAUGCUCGGCUGUCGCCACCAUUAUGUUCACCAAGAAGAAGAAGUCCCGCAUCCAGAUCUCAGCCCCGUCUAACUUUGAGCACCGCGUGCACACGGACUUUGACGAGCAGGAGCAGAAGUUUGUGGGCCUGCCGCGACAAUGGCAGUCGCUCAUCGAGGACACGGCCAAAAGGCCCAAGCCGUUCAUCGACGUCACAGUCAUCACCACCGUGGAGCCACACAAGACAAUAGUGCGUGGCAGCAAGCUGGGGGUAGAUGGCUCUCUGACUUGGCUGCUGGAUGAGUUUGACACCAUGUCUGUGACUCGAUCCAACUCGCUACGACGAGGAAGUCCUCCCGUCCAGACUCGCGUGGACUCGUUCUCGGGAAGAAGCUCCGGCGGGCAGGAGAACGGAGACCCCCCCCAGCGACACCACUCACAGUCAGACAGAGACCAACCCAGACCAGACCACCAGAGCGGAGGUGACCACCGCCACAGUCAGCGUUCCUCGCAGCGAGAUGAUGGCGUCCACAGUCGGCCUCAGCAACAGCCCCGUGGCCAAGAGCCCAGCCGGGGCCACAGGGAAAGACCAGGUUCUGGUCCCCCGCCGCCGCCUCCUCACAGAGACAGAGAGAAACGAGACAGAGACCAGGAUCAAGUGGUGCGCCGUGAUCCGCACGGUGAACACAGGCCCAAGUCCAGCUACCAGGUGCGAGAUGGCAGCCCGCAGUCUCCCAGGGACAAGAGGCCUCUCUCUGGCCCCAACAUCCGCAGCCCAAACCUACCAGUGACGGACGGGGUGAUGAAGACCGCCCAGCAGGCUGCACGGCCGUUCAACACCUACCCGAGGACGGAAAGUGACGGGGGACGCAGCCCCACUGGGCCGCCGGUGAGACACAAUGAGUCGUCCCCUCAAAAUGGGCCGUCCAUCUCCCAUCGUGGUUCCUCAGGCGCCAAGCCCCCUAUCAGCCACCCGCAUCCUCAUCACACUUCACAUCCCAGCCUGAACCCCGACACCCAUCACCCGCACACCCCCCACCCUAACAUCCCAGCCCCGCGGCCGCCCCUGCCCUCCGGCCCACCGCCAUCAGGCGCUCCGCCUCCGACGCGCUCCCCCCAGAGGGAGCCACAGAGGGUUUCCCAUGAGCAGUUUCGUGCAGCGCUACAGAUGGUUGUGGACCCCGGCGAUCCACGCACAUACCUGGACCACUACAUUAAGAUUGGCGAGGGGUCCACGGGGAUCGUAUGCAUUGCUACCGUUAAGACGACGGGCAAACUUGUCGCUGUGAAGAAGAUGGACUUGAGAAAACAACAACGCAGAGAGCUUCUCUUCAACGAGGUGGUGAUCAUGCGGGACUACCACCAUGAGAACGUGGUGGAGAUGUACAACAGCUACCUGGUGGGAGACGAGCUUUGGGUCGUCAUGGAGUUCUUGGAGGGAGGAGCUCUUACAGACAUUGUGACACACACCAGGAUGAAUGAAGAGCAGAUUGCCACUGUGUGUCUGUCUGUCCUAAAGGCCUUGUCCGUGCUGCACACGCAGGGCGUCAUCCACCGCGAUAUCAAAAGUGACUCCAUCCUCCUCACGCAUGACGGCCGGGUGAAGUUGUCAGACUUCGGCUUCUGCGCUCAAGUGUCGAAGGAAGUGCAGCGGAGGAAGUCCCUGGUCGGCACACCAUACUGGAUGGCGCCCGAACUCAUAUCCCGACUUCCCUACGGGCCUGAGGUGGACAUCUGGUCCCUGGGCAUCAUGGUCAUAGAGAUGGUGGACGGGGAGCCGCCUUACUUCAACGAGCCGCCACUCAAAGCCAUGAAGAUGAUCCGAGACAAUCUGCCCCCCAAACUGAAGAACCUGCACAAGGUGUCCCCCCUACUCAAAGGCUUCCUGGACAGGAUGUUGGUACGCGACCCAGCCCAGCGCGCCUCGGCCAGUGAGCUCCUCAAACACGCCUUUCUGACUAAGGCGGGACCGCCAUCCUGCAUCGUCCCGCUCAUGAGGCAGAACAGGAUUAAAUGAGGAGGUCAGAGGUCACGGACUACUUCCACUCACUGGACACUACAAGGAGCAAAGUGGGCCUACCUUUUUUUUUCUACUGUGGGGAGUGUGUUCCCUGGAUACUGAGCAAUAAUUUGGUAUGUGUGUGUGUGUGUGUGUGUGUGUGUGUGUGUGUGCGUGUGUGUGUUAAUGGAGGACCCGGAACUUUUUUCUGAGUUUUAUUUGGACUUCGCUUGGAUUUUUAAGUGUGAAGGAGCCACGUGUUGUUGUUUUUUUUUUUGUUUUUUUAAGAGACCACACGUGUCCAAAAGAGACCCCCCUGGUCCCAGUUGGACUUGACUACUGAGGGAUGUUCAUGAGUCCAGGCAAGCUUCCUGGUGUAAAACCAGAAAACAUGAAGUCAAAAGGUAAACACUGGAGUCUGUUGUGCUUGUGUAAGUAUGAUGAAGAUGGAGCGUGAGAGAGAGCGAUAUCACUGUCAUGUCAUCUCUGUUUUUACCCUGAUCAUGGACUUUACCUGUUGUGAUGAUUUUUGAAGCACUGUCAACACUAGAAGCUGCACUCACCUUCAUCUUUCACGCAUUUUAAAUAAUUUUUUAGAUCACAUGUUUUUUGUACAAAAAAAAAAGUGACUAGAUGAAGCUGAUCUUGAUUUAGGAUGUUACGACAUUAAGCAAACUCACUUUACAAACGGUGCUUUUUGUUUUUUUUAUACCAAACAAAACCAGCGUGGGUUGAUCAUGUAGCGAUUCUUCAACUGGACGUACACGUCAUUCUUUUUAUACACUAGCUGUGCUUUUUACAUUUGUAGCGGAGGUGAACAAGCUGGUACGUCCUAGUUCACUUUAACCAGCUGGGGGCAGUGACUACCUUUUAUCCCGACUGUUUUUUUUUUGUUUUUUUUUUUUGUCCCCCCUCCUGGCUUGGAAGAGCAAAUCAGUCCUGUGGCAGUGUGGAUGUAGGUUAGUUAGGUUAACAUUAGACCUUUCACCCUACCCCCACCCUGGCCCCCCAAACAUUAACAGAAAAGAAUGUGUGCUUUGUACUUUGGAGCAGCGAGUCACCCGUUAAGAAUUUGUUGAAGCGACAAUCAGCUGCACUUGAAAGAGUUUGUGUUGUGACAUUUUCCUUCUUCGCAGUCUUUAAACACCAAAUGCUCUAAACUCCCGAAACUAGAAUAACACUCAAAAUAGACCUCCGCCAGGAUCACGCUACCCUAAUAGUGGGACGAGUGGAUCAGUAACGGUAACGCGUACAAUAGGGACAAGUGGACGUUUCUCAAUGUGAACAAAAAAAAUGUGUCCAGAUCUGCACCACAAUCGAUGAACGGGUUCAUCCCUUUGUUACACAGUUUUGUUUUUGUGUAAAACUACUGCUACUAAAUGCAUCAUGCUAAAAGCAAUCCAGUGUAUGUCAAUGUAUGCUAAGCUGUCUGAACAAAACAACAUCUUAGCUUUGUACUAUAGCUGACAAAGCAAAUGGGUGUAAUAUAACAAUGAAUUCAUUUUAUUUUUACAAUAUCCCUAGGGACAAUUCACAAAAAAAAUGUGCGGGCUGAGAGCGGGCCCUGGGGCUGCGCUUUGGACACCCCUGACAUAAACAGACGUAAUGACAACACCGCUUCCUUGGUGGAGGUAACCAGACAAGUUGUAUGCUUGUACAAUGGAACCUCAGGUAAUGUGUUUUUUGGGGUUAACGUAGAAAAUGUACGCCAAAAUUCUGCCCCGAUUUGCAUUCAUUAUUUGGUCAGCAAACUUGUUGUGUUAUUAAUACGCUGUGUGAGUCCAACUGUGUUCUUAAUGUUUGUUUUUUUAAAUAACAAAACACCUUUGUUAGUGUCCUAUUAGCUUGCGGAUACAGUCGUCCCUCGCAGUAUCGCGGUUCUAUUAUCAUUCCGCCGCUACAUCGCUGUUUUUAAUAAAUUAUGAUCAAAUGAAAUGAUCACUGUUUUGUGGUAGACUAUAGUCUUAUUAGUCAAAGCAUAUUGAAAUGCAAAUGAUAUGUAGUAUUCUGGCCACUAGGCAGCAGUAAUGUUACAUGGAUAAGACAUGCAUCCUUUUUACACCACCCUACCUUGCACUUAUUUUAGCCAGCCUGGAUGCAGAGUGAAAAAAGGUUCUCCUCCCAUUUCAUGUGGAAGUGGUAAGUUGGUGGCUUCUUACUUUGUCCUUUGUCCCUGCUCUGUUUGAAACCCUUUCUUAAAUUUAGAAGCAAUAUAUUCAAGGCUGACUGGUUAGCUUAUUAGCUCUCUGGCUUGCUAGCCGUGUAGUCCCCCUCUAGCACAAUAGUUGUGCAAUCCGAUGUAAACAAUGAAUAAUAGGAGUGUAAUGGUGACUCUAAUAAUGUUAAAAGCCGUAAACAGGGUUUCUAUGCUAUUUGAAAAUAUCCAAUUUAUUAACAUGGAUUCCUAUACUACGGAAAUUAAUUUAUCACGGUCGGGCCGGGAACCAAUUAACUGCUAUAAACAAGGGACGACUGUACAUCAAAGCAGAAGUCAGCUCUGUUGCCCAUCUGUGAUGUCAUCAGAGGUUGACUGAGGUUCUUUUCUAACACAGUAACGCCGCAAGUCUCAAAAAUGCUCAGACAAAACACGUUUUUAUAGUUUUACUAUUUCUCAUUUCUUAUGGCAAAAAUUGAUUUGGUUAGCGUACGUUUCGGUUAGAGUCAGACCUUCUGGAACACUAACCCAGGUUCCACUGUAGUUCCAUGACUAGGCUAGCUAACGCUGGCGACUAGAACUAGUUUGUACGCGCGACUCGCUGGCCUCCCAACACUACGUAUGACAACGUUCCCGGCACAAUUGUCUUUACGUCCGCAUGUUUUUUUUUUGUUUUUUUUUUCUUUUUUUGAGGGACAAGAUGGCGUCCAAGGACCAGGACACCUCACUGCCGAGCUUCCACAAACUUCCCGUAAAUCCUUUUUUUAAAAUGUUUUUUUAAUCCUUUGCCAACUAGCAACGUAACCGUUGCUGUUCAGGGUUUUAGUGCCUUGCUCUGCAUCAUCUUCUAGAAACAAACGGUUCUGCUGGUCGGCGGAGACGUGGUGUGGCGUGGCCGGCCAGCUUCCUGUGUAAAUACGACCAUGUUAUUUUAUGUGUACACUUUGCUUGCCGGUGACGUUAUCGUCAGCGCCAUCUUGUGUUUUCACUGGGAUUGACUGUCAUGAAAAUAAAAGACUUUUGAGUUGGAAAUGUGACUUCUUGGAUUGUUGCAGAGAGAGAUUAUAAACAUUGAUGAUGUCACCGGGUUUGUCUGGCUCUCUUGUAUUUUGUAUUUUUUUUCAUGUUUAAUGUUUUUCUACCCAACAGCACAGAUGAACCUGCUGGAACAUUUCAGUCUGCUUUUAAUUGACUGAAAAAUCCACCAAGCUGAAAGUGUUAUGUUAAAAUGGUGUGCGUGGGUAAGUGCAAGUUGUUUCUUUAGCGCUCAUGAGUCAUUUGAUGGAGUUGCAGACCACCAACACAGACCCAGAAGUUGAGGAAGACCUUAAACCAGGGUUGUCCAAACUCUAUUUUUUUCCACAAAGGCCGCACACUGAAAAAUCUAAAGAUGGGGGGGCCACUGACAUUUUACAUUUUGUAAACUAACCCAGGGGUUGUCAACAGGUCUCAUCCAGGGACUCACGUUUUCCCAUGCUGAUUAACUUCUGACCC